GAUUUAAACGCAAAGAGAAAGAUGGCAGAAGUCGCUCCAGCUCCAGCUCCAGCCGCCGCCGCCGCCAAGGUUAAAGCGGUCAAGAAGAAGGUCGUGAAAGCGAAGCCCGCUGGCCCCAGCGUCAGUGAGCUCAUCGUGAAAGCCGUGUCCGCGUCCAAGGAGCGCAGUGGCGCGUCAGUGUCCGCCCUCAAGAAGGCUCUGGCUGCCGGAGGUUACGAUGUGGAGAAGAACAAUUCCCGCGUCAACACCACCAUCAAGAAGCUGGUGGUCAGCGGGACCCUGGUCCAGACCAAGGGAACCGGGGCCACAGGCUCGUUCAAGAUGAGCAAGAAGGUGGAGACCAAGGUCCAUAAGCCGGUGAAGAAGGCCGCUCCCAAAGCGAAGAAGCCCGCCGCCAAGAAACCUGCAGUGGCUAAAAAGCCCAAGGCAGCGGCAGCAAAGAAGCCAGCAGCCGCCAAAAAGUCCCCGAAGAAGGUGACGAAACCAGCAGCGGCCAAGAAGGUGGCCAAGAGCCCUAAGAAGGUGGCGAAGAGCCCCAAGAAAGUGGCAAAGAGCCCCAAGAAGGUGGUGAAAAAGGCGCCUGCUGCCAAGAAAGCCCCCGCGAAGAAGGUCGCCAAACCCAAAGCGAAGAAGACCGCAGCCAAGAAGAAGUGA